GGCUCUGAUUCAUCGGAUAUGUCUUCCAACUCUGCCAACCUGAGCAACAGCCCUCCCCCCAGCGUUGGGGAUAGAAGACGCUCGACAGGCCAUGGCGCAUCUAGCCUAUUUGAGAGUCUGACAAGCCAGAAGCGCAACUCUACUGACCAGACUCUCAAUACACGCCGUGAAAGCUGGAACGAGCAGGGCCAGCAGGGCGGAUUCUUCGCCAAGUGGUGGGAUGGAUACACGAGAGGAGGUAGUAAAUAAUCCCAACCAAAUCCCUUUUUGAUAAGUUGCUAUGACAUCGGAUAUGUUGGACGUGAGGGACCAGACCCCUCAGUGUUUUAUGCAGAUAUUGUUAUAACUUGAGUCAUGCGACGUAUAGCUAUGCUAUCUCGAUGAAGUUGUGUUGCAUGUACGUAUGAUGACUACUGUAAUAGUCAACAAACAUAAUUUGACUAGCGCUUGGUUGGUGGCA